AUGGCUCAAAAUCAGGUGGAUACAACUACGCAAAAAGGAGCCCAAAACGAUGUACACAUAUAUAAACACAAUUGUAUUGAAAAUGAUGAUCUCUUUAGUAAACUUGAUUUAACAAAAAGAGUUGGUCAUGGUAGACCUGUAAUUACUGAUUUGCCCGUUGAACUACCAUUGUUGUAUCCCCAUGGACGACCUAUUACAAAGGAAAAAAAGUUUUUUUUUAAAGUAAAAAAUUGA